UUGGAGUUAGUGGCAACAAAACAACAAGCGAGUGUGGUGUUAACUGACGGUAGUGUGGCCUUAACAACCUUCUAUUAUUAACAACCUUCUCGUUAUCUACCUAAGUAAAGUAGAUAAUGAACAACUGAAGCAAAACAAUUAGCUGGUCUGCUAAGUCCUCAACUAUAUUUGACUUGAAAAUACUCAUGAAGAAAAAUGGUAAAAUUACCCCAAAAUAUCAUGAAUACUUCAUGUUCUAUAACAUUCUCUUGUGAAACCAUAUACUGUACGUACUGAAAAUAAUAAUUCACAUUUAACCAGUAUCCCAUCUUAUGUCAAUGAAACAUGAAGAUCUCUUUCAUUGAAAAUUCAAAUGAGAAGCAAAAACAUUACAGAUAAUUUCAGGAACAGUGCCCUAAUACUGUUGACCUUGUGUCAUCUAUCAGAGGAAGAAAAUUGAUGUUAAAAACUUGCAGUAAUACUGUACUGUACAUUGUUUUAUUGUUAUGACAAAAAGAAGUGCAUUAACUUGUAAAUUGAAGUGAAUCAAUAAAGCCAUCCAUCCACUCAAAAGAAAGCUUGUGUGGAGUAACAUAAUUAGCAAGGGACCAUGAUUCAUUCUCAAGAUAAUAAUUGUGUAACAGAUGUUCAGUCACAGCAAAAUGCCAUGACUGAUUUUAUAGAAUUUGCAGAUUUUGAAGGAUUUAAUCAAAAUACUGAAGAGAUCAACUUAAGAGAAAAACGACUAAAUGAAUACUGUAGAAUUAUUUCAGAAAUUCAUGAGACAGAUGUUGCUUCAAAUACCGUCACAUCACAGGGAGAGAGAAAAACAGUUGAGGUGAUACAGUGUUCAUGUAUGUUCAAAAAGAAGACCAAGUCAAACUUAAAAAAGGUCACCCGUAAUCUGUUGCAAAAUGAACUGCUACAGCUUUGGGACCUGCAAGGCCAAGAGUAUUCAGAUAAAUCUCACAUCUUUUUGAAUGAUCAUAUCCAGUGGUUGGACAAGGCCCUGGUGGCUGGGAAAGCUUGUGGCCUUACCAACAGAGUUAGGAAGCCUCGUUCAUAUAUGGAGUUUGUGAACAUAAUGCAAGCUGAAGUCUCUACUACUGCUACUAUGUUUUUAAACAUAUACAAUCGCAAAUUAACAACACAAUACUUGCAUGCUAAGUUACCCAAAGUCUUCAAGAAAAGAAUUUCAGCCAUCAUGAUGAAGAAACUGCUAAUGCUCAGUCCUCUCUUUUACUUUGAUGAAUUACAUCAAGUUUGGAAAAAAAUGUUUGGAUUCCUCCAGGAAAGUGACACAACAGGAAGGAACUUUGAUGUACAUUGGCUAGGAAUCUUGGAUGCACGGAAGAUGUGGAUGUGUUGGUGGGACAAUAAAGGAACAGAACUUCGGGCUGAGUGCAUAAAGAGUAUCCUCUUUAAAAAUCCAAAGAUGACUGUCAUUAAGAUUGCAGAAACUCUUUGCAAUUCCUUAUACUUACCACUAUGUAAAAAGAUGGUGGUCUUGGUUCAACGUGUGCUUCGGUCAUCCAAGAAAUUUCAAUUUUGUGAAAAUCAAGGCAUUAAAAAAGCUGUAGAAUGGAAAUUGAAGGAGGAGUAUCUGAAGGAAACAGAACAGACAGUUAAACAACCUGUAGUGAAAGUGAAGAAUAUAAGAAAACUUAAAACUGGCAAGCCAUUCAUAACUUGGGCCUCUGCUGUGUCAAACAUGGCAAAGGAAAUGUAUCAUAAUUCUCCACACCAAGAACCUAGAGCAGAGUCUAUGAUAAUUGAAACUGUGACACCAGUUUCUAGUAAAUUAAAUAUAAACAAAAGUGAAAAAAUAUCUAAUUGGAAAGAAAUCAGCAGCAUAGCAACAAGUUCCAAUGAAGAUAAGACAAGAACCAUGUAUGUUUCUACUAGGUCUCAAGAAAAUGGGAAUUCAAGCCAAUCAUUUCUAAGUAAUUGUAUAACAGCAUCAAGUGAGAAUAGAAUACCAGAUGGUGAAACAAGCAGAACUGUAGCAACAAACACUGGUGAAGAAUUAUCAUAUACAUAUGUGUCUGAUGAGUCUGAGGAAAAGGAAAGAUUAAUUCAACCAAAGAAAGUAUUGGUUCCCUUCCAAGAUUUUGUGGAGCCAAAGCUGAUUAAGAGCCAUGUUACAUUAUUUGUGUCAGGUGAAGAUGCAACUCGUGAAAGUGUUAAAGUAGCCAAAUGUGAGACUCCCGCAAUCUCUGAAGUGUACAGUUGUUUGUCUUCAUCUGUGCCUCAUAGUAGUGAUGACAUAUUGGAAGAUAGAAUAGUAAGUGCAAUUACUCCUCAGUUCAUUGGUGAUGCAACUCCCCUCAAAAAGCCUCUCCAAACAGGGACGGUAUUUGUUGGCGCUUAUACCUUGGAGCAGAGACUUUCAGGACGAUCUUUGAAGCAGAGUGUCCCCAAAACAAAAAAGCCUCUUGUAAAUAAUGCAGACACUUCCUUAUAUGGGAUCGUAAAAUAUGAGAUAAAACACCUGAAUGACGACAGUCUUUCCAUACCUCGGAUCACUAAAACUGUCACAAAAAAGGGAGAAAAAUUUAUUAUAUCAGUACAAAUAAACAAUGAAUAUUCAAGAUGUAAAUACAAGAGUGAUGUAAUUGCUUCACCAAAUGCAGGAUACAUACAGAAAUGUGAUAACAUGACCGCCGGCACAAACAAAGAAGGGUCGAGUGAUGAUGAAGAACACGUUGCAGAUGUACCUGGAAUUUUAACAAAUUCAAAAUAUGUCCCUGAAAACUCUGGCAGUGUUACAGAAUCAACUGUGGUAGAUGCAAGAAACCUAAAGGAAACUUGUUUGAAAUCUUCCCCAGAUUUAGCACAUUCAGAAAACAUUCCAAAGUCUUGGGUUGCUUUACCUGUAGCUUUGGAUGACACAAGUGACGAGAAAGAAAAUUAUUGUUUUCCUGCAUCCCUGUGUGAAUCAGUGUUAGGGAGUUAUCAGAAUAUGUCUGAUGUUGCAGCUCCUGGAUAUAUACCCCCAGAAAACAUACAGGAAUAUCCUCUCACUGAAACAGAAAUGAUGCCAGUUUUAGGAAACAUAUUUGACCAACCUGCUGCAUAUGUAGAUAUUGGAGACUCAGGUGACAUGGAGGAAAGUAUUCAUGUAUCUUCUCUUGAAAGAGUAGCCAAUUCAAUGCCAUUAUGUGGUACGGGUGUUGAUGUGUUGGAUAAUACUUGUGCAUCUGCACCAAUUGUUGAAGCAGAUCCAAACAGCAUCCAGAUAAAUGGUGAUGUAUCUACUCCUGUAACUCCUCCAUCUACAGUGAAAGUUCAUAACUAUUCAACCAUAUCUUUAGACCAUGCAUAUUCAAGAAAUGACUUGGAAAGUAGCUAUCCCAAAUCUGUUCCUGUAGCUUCAAGAUCCACUCUGCAGAAUUCAGCUAAGUUUAUAGACCAUUCAUACACAGCAAGAACACAAAACUCUUGCAACCAGAAUACUCCAGGGGAUCGAUCAAACUUCCAAAAGCCUCAAAAUACUGACUACUGUGAAUCUUUAGACACAAAUCCAUUAAAAAAUCUAAGCGAGUGUGUGGCUAAGAAGAAACGUAAAAUGACCCCUGUAUGCAGAAUGGAUUGUUGUUCUGACCGAGAAAUAAAUGAAUACCUAAGUGAGAAUAGAAUAAUAAGUAAAAAAGUCAGGAAAGAAGGAAAUCUUCUGACUUUUAAGUAUCCAUUAGAAAUUGGAUGGUUACGAGAAAUUGUGACACGCUCGGCAUCCACAAAAAUUAUCAAUGAUGUUUAUUAUCAUCCACCUGCGGGGAAAAAACUGCGAUCUUUAAUUGACGUACAAAGAUACUUGGAUGCCAAUGAUGUGAAAGAUUUGACACUACAGAACUUCACUUUCCACAAAAAUCCACUUGGGUUUGGUGAACCUUUUGAAAUAUCUCGCUAUGCAAAGAUAAGAUGGGCAGAUCCGAAAUAUCCUCCUGCUCCUCCUCCUCCUCCUGCUCCUCCUCCUGCCUCUCCUCCUCCUUCUGCCUCUCCUCCUCCUUCUGCCUCUCCUCCUCCUUCUGCCCCUCCUCCUCGGAAGAAUUUCUGCCGUAGAAAUAAAUACGCUGGCAAGACAACUCACAGCCAUGAAGCAAUCUCUCCUGACAAGUUCCCAGAGGAUGGGUAUUGGGUUACCUCAUUCUUUGACUUGAAAAAUGACAUGGAAACUGAUCCUGUCGAUAUUGUAAAUGAAAAUGGAGAGGUAACUGGAUAUGAAGAGUGGAUUAAGAAUAGGUUAUCAAACAAAAAUAUUAAAGCUUCAACUAACAAAGUGAAAGAGCAAACCAAAAAUGGCAAACAAGUUUCAAAGCGUUUGCAGGCUAGGAAGAAGCCGAUGAACACAAACAUAAGGAGUGUUGAAAGUGACGUACCUGUUAAAGAUUUAAAAGAUAUGGAAGUAGACACAGAAGUAGUUACCGAUCAAAAAUUGGGGUAUAAUCCUGAACCAGGAAAGAACAUAUCCGAUAUCAGUCUUAAAAGAUCAGUGAGUAACCAAAGUGAAGCAUAUAAAGAAACUCAAGAAUUAAAACAAGAAUGCCAGGAAUAUUUUGAAGAAAAUGAUUCCCAGUUUCAUGUAGAAUGUGAAGCUAAUAACUACGUACUAAUUAAGGAAACUGUGAGAAACUGUCAAGUCACUGAUACACUACCUUCAGUCAGCAGUGCAGGAUUUCCAGAUUCAUGUUUGAUGUCUGCACCAUGUUCUGAGAAACAGUUAAGUCAGUGCAUAUUGAAUACAGAACCAAGUGAUGAGCCAAUUAAACCUGGAAUGAUUUUUGGUUGUGCUGACUCUAUAAACUUGCCACAAAAUGGUGGUAAUGGAAAUUUAUAUCAUCCUACAUUUGAUUGCUCUUCAACAUCCACACAUGAGAAGCAUCUUCCAGGAAGUGAUAGGCUAAUACCCCAGGGGUUAUUCAAUCAACACAUAAAUAACACACAAUUUGAAAAGAGAGAUAACAGUCUAGAAAGUCUCGGUGAUACUGCACAUAAUGUCAUUUCAUUAAAUUCACAAAACGAUCUUGGAAAACCAUCUCCAACAUAUAAAGUAAUAAAAGCAUAUAAGGUUAAUCAUAAGAAUAAUAGUGCUGUGCCUAUUUUUAUAGUCAACGGUCUAUAUAAUAACAUGGAUAAACCAGAUCUUCAAAAUAUGACUCGGAGUAACUGUGUAGCCACUAAUCAAUCCAUUCAAACACAUAAUGAAUACCCCACAAGUAAUCCAAAAAAGAGUGCAACCGUAACACAACUGAAUUCAUUCUAUACUGUAACUCCACCACAACUUUCAUUAAAACCUUAUGAAAUGACUGAAAACACUGCUCCUCAGUGUCAGUAUAAUAAAAGUCAUGUGAAUGAUACCAAUGCAUUAGAAGCUGGGCUAUUGUCAAGCCAAGAGGUAGCAUCUAAUUUUGUUUCAUCUUAUGGAAGCAAUCAGUUGGUAUCGGCUCCUGAUUUUUCUGGACCUUAUAAUACAUUUGCAUGGACUGAUAAACAUAACCUCUCUACACCAGAAAUGCAAGUAAGGAAAUCUGGUGAAAGUUAUACUCACAAUAAUGCCAUAGGAAGUGUACAACACCAGAGUCACAUUGAUCAAGUUAGAAAUUGUAAUAUAUCAACUGGAGGAAAUAAUGUACAAUAUUUACAGUGUCAAUCUCCCAAAGAUGGAGCUUCAAUACCACAAAGGCAAUACAUAAUUGGUCAAUUGCCACAGUAUGUUGUAUCAAAGACCCCAGUUAAUUAUGUGCAAUUAUCUCAUAUUCCCCCACAACAUACUCCAACAUACACUUUGGCAUCUUCCUAUAAUUUUUCAAGUUAAAGGCAUUUUCUUGGUAUCUGUGGAAAAAAUUUCUCCCCUCAGUAGUCACGUGGACUCUUGACUUGUACAUCAUUUGUCUAUUUCGAACACUAGAUAGAUAAACACUUCCUAUGGUUCUCAUGUUUUUUAACAAUGGGACAAGUUACAGUGGCAACAUAAGACUCCAUAUGUAUGUACUGUACUGUAUUCCCAAAGCAUUGUUGUGUCCAGUUUGUUUAUAUAAAGUAUAUGGAGUUGAUACCGAGUCUUUGAAGAGCACGACUUGACGUGCUAUGCCUGUUUUCAGAGGUUGUAUGAACCCCUCCUUUCUGUAGACCAAGACUUGCUGUGAAGUACUUGUGGAUACCUCAGCCUGCACUACCUACAGUACCAUAUAUUUAUUGACAAUGUAUACAACAGUUUAUCUUUGCAAUGUUCUUCUACCAGUUGUCCAAGUCCACUGUACUGUAUUUACAAAUGCAGCAUAAUCUAUGAAUUCAGUGGACACUACAUCACAAAAUAUGACAUCCUACACUGCUUGUGUAUAGCAGAAAACCUUACUUGUUACCAGUGACUACUUGUUCAUUGCCUUUCAGAAAGAGGUAGGUGUUUCUGUUGAUUUAUUGAAUACCAUUCCACUGCCAUGUUUAGAGCUUGUCUCUAAAUGUUAUUAGAUAAAAUUUUAAUGCACACCUCAGAAAGGUGUGUAGGCUGAGUGGGGAUACAGUAGAAUCACAGUUAUGUGGUACAGUAUCGGGACAACUGGAGGAUUCAACUAACCGGCACAAAAAUUAAAUAAGAAAAAUAAAAAUUCCUCCAAGGUCAGCUAGAAUCAUAAGUUUGAAUACCCUGUGCGAUAGAGAUGAACUGCCACAUUUAUUGCUAUUACAUGUACUGUACAGUAUAAACAAUAAAAUUGAUACAUAGCAUAUCAUAAAAUACAAUAGUAUAUAUAUUAAGUACAAAAAAUUGGCCCUUUCCACACUCAAACCGUCCUCCGUGCAACACGUAGUUCAGAGUCACCCAGCUUACUCACAGACGUGUAGCUUCCGUGCUGGCCUUGUGUAUGCCGUGACAUCACAUUGGGAGGGAGCGCAGCCACUCGGUUAUAGCUCAACGCACAUCCAGUUCCUACAUGUACAGACCGAACUUCUUCAUUUUCUUAUUGUAUUGUUUUAUAUUAUAUUUUCUUUAUUUAUAAGCCACAUGAGAGUAAUGUAAUGAUUUGCAACAACUUAUAUUUUUAUUGUAAUUAACAAUAAACACAGCAGCUGGGCUGGUGAGUCGGCGAUGUAGUUAUAGCCUACCACCUCCACACACACACACACACCCACACCCAUGCUCUU